AACGGUUUUCGUUUAUUCUCUGCUAUUAGUACUGCAGCAUCGGUACUCAUGACCAUGACCAAAUGACCUUUUCGCUUCUCCACUUUCUUUAAUACCGAUAACACAUCUUACCGCAUACCAAACUUUUUAUUUUUAUUUUAUUUUAUUUUAUUCUAUAAAGCUCACAUUCUUUCUACAAUUACAGGAACUUGGAAUUCCUCACGAUUUCAAAAAGGAAACGAACAACCCGCAAUAGGGUAAAAAAAAAAUCAUAAUGACACAGGGGAUCCCCGAUGUUCACCCGGGCACGCAAAUCGUUCCUCCAUCACCACCUCCAACGAUCCCGAUCCCACCACCACCCCGGCAACCACCCCAACGUCCGCCUCCAGCGGCACCCAAGUCCAUGCGGGUGCCCUCAUCGCCCGCACCUCUCUCAAUGCCCUAUAAUACCCACAACCGGAACCAGCGCAACAAGCACGACCGCAACAUUUCCAACACCACUACUCAAGCCUCCCGUUCAGCCCAUAGUAGGAAGAUCUCCUUGACGACCUCACCGGACAAGGUUAUCCGGGGUAUCAGAGAGUCCUCCCGGGACUCUUACCAGAAAAUCAAGGAAUUCCCUGCAGGCUUCCAAUACGCCGUCACCCCAUCCGCUCCAAGCAUCCAGACCUUCUCCACAAACGCUGGGAGAUCAAUGCAUAGUCUUGCUGGAGCACCGGUGAUCCCUUCUGGCCCCAGCCGCGCAACACCUGUGGCUGUCAAGGCCGGAUGCGCGGGACGCUACAUGGACGAGAUACGCUGCCGGGUCAAGGGCAUUCUCAGCGGCUUCCACUUUUCGAUAUCGGUGGGGUGCACGCUCCCGGUUGAAGAGGAGCGGAGAAGGGAACGCACCCUGCGGAUUAAGAAUAAUAGGAACGGAUGCUGCAUAUAUGAAGUGUAUUCCUCCCACGUACCUCCCGAUAUAUCGUAUCCUAAGAUUGACCCCUCCCACAGCGAAGCCUCCUCAACAGGGCCAACACUAACACCCCUCCAAUCCCUCAAACCCCUCCUACCAAACUCAAAAUAUCUACAAAAGUCCCUAGCAGACUGGAACCGCCAUUUCCAGUCACCACCGGCACACUGGGUCAUAAACUUCAUCCCCCGCGCAUACCUUCGUCGUGGAUACUACCUCGCCGAGGACGUGUGCGAGUAUCUACUGCAGAACCCGGAUGGGUGCUUGUACAGGAUUGAAUACGAGCCUAUUGGCCAUGAAAGUGUGCUUGUGGGCUCCAUUGUGCCGAGGGGGCUCGCCCGGCGGGAGAGGAAUCCGUGCCGGCAUUGGGAGGAGAGAGGUGGAAAGGGGAUGCCGGUAUCCAGUUAUUGAUGGGGGGUGGUGGCUUUUUGAUUGUUUUUUCUUCACUUUUUUUCGGUCAUUGUGGGCGUUCAGUAUGGCGUUCUUGUUUGCUUUUUUUUGUUUGCUUUUUUAUAUAUAUUUCGAUUGCGAGUUUGUCGAGAAUUGUGGGUUUCUUGCUGGUUUAAGUAAAGUUACGUGUGUAGUGGUGGGACUUGGAGACUGUAUACCGGUAUUCAUCAUUCAUUCGCUUCAGGACGGGAAGCCUUUUUAUUUUGUUCACUUUUGCGAUGAUUACAGGCCACUUGUGUUAGAAUUCGUUGCCGUAGCAUAGAGUAGCAGUACCGGUAGUAUGUGUGUUUGUGUCGCACGUGUGCCGUAUUCAUUCAUUCAUCAUUACCACUACUUGUAUAGUACGAGUACCACCACCACCUCCCUCCUUCCCCUUCUAAUAUAAACCUCCAAAAACAAAAACAAACAAAAAAACGAACAAAAAAGAAAACGCCGAAAGGGGGGGGGGGUAUGAUCUCUACAAGUACUCGAGUACAAGCAACAUACCGGUAAUACAAGUAAAUAUGGGGGCAGUACCCUAAGACACCGAGUACCGGUACCGCACCAUAGAAUCCCCUAUGUACUUGUACGCAGAUCGGUCGAUCAUUCAAACCCCUGCUUUAUACAAGUAGACGGAUACAGCAGCGUACCCCAAAAAUUCCACAGAGCCCAAUUCCGGGACAUUCCUACAAGUACAACGCCACGGCCAAUCCCCAGAACGCCACAAGGAACGCUAGCUUGUGGCUGGUCAGUGCGCUGGACGAGAAUGAAGGGGCAGCGUUUGGGCUGCUGGGGCUUGUCGGCGCGGGGGUGAUUCCAAUGCUCGGGGCUGAAGGUGAUGGGGAGGUUGUGGGAAGGGAGAGGACCUGGGGGUGGGGUGUUAGAGUGCUGGUAUUGGAAUUUAUGGGGUGGGGUGAGGGUAGAAGUAGGAAGAGUGAGGGAGGAGGAUAGGAGGGAGGGGUUCUAGUCCAUGUAAUGUACGGUACGUGUUAUGAGAAAUGAUGGUGUAUGGUACAUAGUUGCUUUCUUUCUUUCCUUUCUUUUCUAAGUCUAUUUUCUUUGCCUAGAAAGGGAUAGAUAGAAUCAAGAAUUUCAAAUGGAACGGGCAAAAAACGAACAAAAAAAAAACAAAAAAAAGUACGACCCCUUUCCAAUUCCCUCCUACCGGUCGGCGUUUUACGGCGGGGUCGAUCUCAAUUGCGUACCUUGAACGGAUGCGCCUCCGUGUUGAAUACCCACUUCUGCUCCGCACCCUUGACAAAGCCGACUUUUCCGCCCUCUUCGAAAAUCAGGUACAGGUACUUGAGCACCUCUGCGAACCAGAAGCUCUCCUGGUUGUCAUACUUUGCCCCGCCAUUCCCCUGGCCGACGUCGGACACGGCAGUGAAGCCCGAGGCCGUCCUGGCCGUGGCAUUGAUAGCCAGGAAGGCAUCCCAUGCCCAUUUCCUAUACUUCUCGUCACCGGUGGCGAUGAAGGCGUGGUAGUAGGACUCUAUGACCUCGGGCCGGAGGUCAUAGUAAGCAGCGGUGGUGUAGAAGCCGUUGCGGGCGAAAAAGUCGGUCUGCGCGGCCGGCACUUUUCGCGGGUCCCAGGACCAGCGCUCUGGGCCGAUGGACGAGGGCGUGCUGUUGUAGGUGUGAUGGCAGCCGGAGGUUAGGGCAAGGCCGUAGUCCGUGUACUCCUUCCUCGAGAGGACUUGGCCGCCUAGGAUGAAGUUCCCGCCGAUGAAGCAGGUUAGGUGGCCCUGGUUUAGGGAUAGGUUUUGUGCGUUUUCGUACUCUGCGACGAAGGUGAUGUCUUGGCGGGAUUGCGGGUGACUGGUUAGAUAUUUUAUUGUGGAGUCUGCUGCUGCGAUCCAUCUGUGGUGGCGGGUGGUCAGGGAAUGGCCGUUUCAAAGAUUUGUAUAAUUAUUGAGGAGAUUGGGCUGUUUAGCGGGGAGGGAGGGUUUAAUCCUGCCAUACCUUUCCUUAUACAAUUCGUAUUUCCCUUUAUCGUAAACCC